AUGGCGGCCAAAAUUGGUUCCUUUAGGCACAGUUUUGCCGAGAGAAGCAAGGAGAGGCUGCUAUCGAGAAAAGGGUACUCGGAUUUUGGCCUCAACAGCUCUGAAACCGGCGAUGAUCAUGUUAAAUGUGGAUGUUUUCGAGCAGUUUCUGAUGGAUUUAACAAUUUCUGUAAGAGUUUUCAGGAUACUUUUAUCAAAUUGUAUCAAAUGGGUCACUCGGAUCCUCGAAAAGCUGUCUUUGCUGCCAAGAUGGGGAUGUCGCUGUCAAUUGUAUCGCUGCUCAUAUUUUUCAAGGAGCCCCUUAAAGAUGUUAGCCAGUAUUCCAUCUGGGCAAUUCUCACAGUUGUUGUCGUCUUUGAAUUCAGCGUAGGUGCAACCCUGAACAAAGGUUUUAAUCGUGCUUUGGGGACGUUUUCGGCUGGAGGGCUUGCUUUGGGUAUCGCAGAAGUAUCUGUAUGGGCAGGAGAUCUCCAGGAGGUUGUUAUUGUAAUCAGUGUUUUCAUAGCAGGUUUUUGUGCUAGUUAUGCCAAGCUUUAUCCGCCAAUGAAGUCUUAUGAAUACGGAUUUCGGGUAUUCUUGUUGACUUAUUGUAUCGUCCUGGUGUCUGGGACUUCAUCAUUCGUCCAAACAGCAAUUUAUCGAUUAUUGUUUAUUGGAGUCGGUGCUGGCAUAUGUUUGGGUGUAAAUAUACUCAUAUACCCCAUUUGGGCAGGGGAGGAUCUCCAUAAGCUGGUGGUGAAAAACUUAAGGGGUGUUGCUGUUUCUUUGGAAGGUUGUGUUAAUGGAUAUCUGCAAUGUGUUGAAUAUGAGAGAGUUCCUUCAAAGAUUCUCACUUACCAAGCUUCUGAUGACCCAUUGUAUAGUGGCUAUAGAUCGGCUGUACAAUCUUCAAGCCAAGAGGAAUCUCUGUUGGACUUUGCAAUAUGGGAGCCACCGCAUGGCCCUUAUAAGUCAUUCAAUUAUCCCUGGAGACACUAUGUCAAAGUUGGUGGUUCACUUAGGCAUUGUGCAUUCAUGGUCAUGGCAAUGCACGGAUGCAUACUCUCAGAAAUACAGGCACCACCAGAAAAGAGACAGGUUUUUGGCAUGGAGCUUCAGAGUGUUGGUAACGAAGGUGCUAAAGUACUUCGUGAGCUAGGAAGCAAAGUGGAAAAGAUGGAAAAACUAAGUCCGAAAGACAUACUUUUUGAAGUGCAUGAAGCAGCAGAAGCGUUGCAGAUGAAGAUAGACGAAAAGUCAUACCUUCUUGUCAAUUCAGAAAGAUGGGCACCUGAAGUACGGCCCAAGGAAUAUGAAGAACCUCAGCAUUUUGUUGAUAGAGAUAAUGAAAAUAAGCAGGUGGUGAUUGACUCUCUCAGUGAAUUCUGGGAUCCUCAGAAUCCUAGCGGGGGUGCAGAUCCUUCCAUGCGACAAUGGAUAUCCUCGGAAAGCUUGUUAAAAAACCCAGUUUCAUGGCCGCGCCUUUCGUUUAAUGCGCAUGUUGUGCAACAGGAACCAGAAGAAUCAAAAGUUUAUGAAAGCGCCAGCUCCUUAUCUCUGGCAACGUUUGCAUCACUUCUGAUUGAGUUUGUGGCUAGGCUUCAGAAUCUCGUGGAUGAAUUUAAAGAGCUUAGUGAGAAAGCCAAGUUUAAGGAUCCUGUGGACCCAUUUGAAGUCAAAGAGGAGGUGGUUGGGUUUUGGACCAGACUAUUAAGGUCGUUGCGGUUGAAGAAUUAA